CUCAACCACUCUCAUAUUGCUCCGUGGCUAUAUAUAAGUGCAGACUGUUCAGUACGUUUCACAGAGUUUCCUGAUCAGCUGGAGAGAAGACGGUCAAUUGCAAAUUUGGUGAGUAAUUUGAAAUAAAUUCUCAAUUUGUUAUUAAAAGUGGUUUGAAUGAACUUCACGCUUUGAAUGAACUACUAAGUUAUAUCUUAAAGACUUAAUAUAUAGGUGGGUAGUGAGAAUUUAUUUAAACACGCUGACCAUUUUUACUUAAGGUGUUGAUUUUCCACAUGGGGUGCCGCGGUAUGUGAAGUAAUCAGCUGCAUGCAACGUACAGCUAGCUAUAUGAUCUUUUUCAUACAAAUGCAUGCUGGAUGUGUAAAAACGGAAUCGAUCGCGAUCGUCUAUUCUUAAUAAUGUUGACAAUGCUAUUUCCUAUAAUUAGUCUUGUUUUUAAGCUUAACUUGUUCAUAUUUCUUCGGAACGAUCGGCCGUCAUUUGUGUCUUUAGUGUAAGAAAUAACUGCACAUGCAAGGACAUAAAAGGACUAAAAUGACUAUUUCAUAUGAGCAAAAUUGACUUGGUCACCACAGUUGCGACAUCAUCGAAGCAAGCCUAAAAUUUCAGAGAUUUAAAGGGGACAUUUUCCAUUCUGUAAAUCCCUGAUUCAAUGAAGGUCAAAUUUUGACUGCUUUAUAGUAGUUUUUAUGUCGGUUUUUACUGUAGUAAAACUAUUCCGAAUGAAUUCAGUGUUUAAUAUGAUUUGUUACAGAAAUCAAACGAAAACGUUACGAGAUGGCAUACACUCCUAUUGAGUGCUACCUUGGUGAUCUGCCUGACACAAGCGGUUCUUGUUGUGCAAAAGAAUACGGCCUUCCCGGUGAUGUCGCUGUUACAGCUAAGGAAAUUCUCGUUUAUCUCUGGGUCACAACCAAGGGUGAUGAGCAAUUUCAUCGUUAUUAUUACCAAAUCGAGACUUCAGAUGGUAAACAUUCGUACCCUCAAUUCAUGAAUGUUGCUGCUACCGAAGAUAUCGUUCUCAACUCCUCCAAUUUGUGGCUGCCUGUUUUUAAAGACCAAAGUAGGUGAUUGACUUUCUCAUCACUAGCGACGCCAUCUUGAAUCAUGAUACAUGAUCGAUGGUACGGCCAGGCUAAAAGCCAAAUUGAAAAGUCGUGUAAACAUGCCAUGCGGUAAAUUUAUUCAUUACUGUCAUCAACACGUUUUUACAACAAUAACGAAGUAUAGAUCAGCUUCAUAAGCAAUAGAAGAUCCGAGUCUACUAGCAGUAUUCAGGUAUUCUAACUAAGGAUGACAAAGCCAUGUAAUAGUCAAGUGCACAAUCCAAGUGCGAACCAGUGAGCUCUAUAUUUGUAUUCAGAAUUAUUACGUACAUGAUCGAUGGUACGGCCAGGCUAAAAGCCAAAUUGAAAAGUCGUGUAAACAUGCCAUGCGGUAAAUUUAUUCAUUACUGUCAUCAACACUUUUUUACAACAGUAACGAAGUAUAGAUCAGCUUCAUAAGCAAUAGAACAUCCGAGUCUACUAGCAGUAUUCAGGUAUUCUAACUAAGGAUGACAAAGCCAUGUAAUAGUCAAGUGCACAAUCCAAGUGCGAACCAGUGAGCUCUAUAUUUGUAUUCAGAAUUAUUACGUACAUGAUCGAUGGUACGGCCAGGCUAAAAGCCAAAUUGAAAAGUCGUGUAAACAUGCCAUGCGGUAAAUUUAUUCAUUACUGUCAUCAACACUUUUUUACAACAGUAACGAAGUAUAGAUCAGCUUCAUAAGCAAUAGAACAUCCGAGUCUACUAGCAGUAUUCAGGUAUUCUAACUAAGGAUGACAAAGCCAUGUAAUAGUCAAGUGCACAAUCCAAGUGCGAACCAGUGAGCUCUAUAUUUGUAUUCAGAAUUAUUACGUACAUGAUCGAUGGUACGGCCAGGCUAAAAGCCAAAUUGAAAAGUCGUGUAAACAUGCCAUGCGGUAAAUUUAUUCAUUACUGUCAUCAACACUUUUUUACAACAGUAACGAAGUAUAGAUCAGCUUCAUAAGCAAUAGAACAUCCGAGUCUACUAGCAGUAUUCAGGUAUUCUAACUAAGGAUGACAAAGCCAUGUAAUAGUCAAGUGCACAAUCCAAGUGCGAACCAGUGAGCUCUAUAUUUGUGUUCAGAAUUAUUACGUUUCCUGUAUUUAAAUAUAGUGUGAUAUUUAUUUUAUUUUAUUUUGUUUCGCUCAUAAUUAUCUGGACUAACAUUAACAAGCUCCAGCUGAAUGCUGAUAAAUACAAGGAAAUGGUUAUUGACCUUAAGAAAAUAAAGCAUGAGUUCAAUACGAUCACAGUCACUCCAAUGAACUCGAGCUAGUGACCAGUGCCAAAGUUUUACGUGUUAAGAUACAUAUCCAACUCCCUACAAUGGAUCAACCAUGUAAACAAAAAGAAGGGAAAUAAACGUUUGAAUUUUUUUAUUUUGUUUAAGCGUGAUAACGUCCCUGCUCGAGAUAUUAUCAGCUUCUAUACUGCACUUGCGUCAGAGCAGUACUCGAGUAUUGUGUUCCUGUAUUCCAUCAUGCUCUCCCAGGAUAUCUGGAUAUCUUGAACGUAUUCAAAAGCGUGCGCUCUCGAUUACAUCUCCGGGAUCCGAUAAUCUUCAAACACAUAAUGUUAGUAUAUAUACUCUUAAGGACACGCGUCUGUAAGUGGUAUUUUGAAGAAAAACGAAAAACACACAUAUCAUGUAUCAUGUAUCAACACUUUUUUACAACAAUAACGAAGUAUAGAUCAGCUUCAUAAGCAGUAGGAUCAAUGGAUUUUUGGUGGUGUCCAAUGUCGCUGUUGGCAUAGGUAGCCCAAGAAUACGUGUAGAAUGCACCAAAUGUGAACUUUUGAAUAAGCUCGCCCAGUAUUCCUUCAAGCGCGGUCUAGUCUGUGGUCUAAUGAAAAGCACUGUGUAUAUGUAUACUAAAGACCUAAGGUUGACAACUAUAUUCAAUUAAGUUUACGAACAUACGACUUUGCAUGGCAAAACCUAAAAUACUUCGCACACGUAAAUAAAACAUGAUAAAAAAUCAUUGCACAUUAAUUUAAACCCUGAUGAUUUACUCACAAAUAAAUUUGUUUAAGAUACUGCAAGAAAGCUGAAAAAACGCUGAAAAAACUAGCUUGAAUCAAUUCCCUCUUGCUAUGCUCUAUAGCAAGAAUAUUUAAAAGUGAAUAUGUUUUCUUUACAGUCCGCGUACGUCAAUCGUAAUUUUUCAUUAUUUUUUUUCAUUGUGGAAAAUUUCUGAAGCAGAUAUUUAAUAAGUUUUUAAAUUUAGUUAACUUAUUAUUAAUUUGGACCGUUGUGAAAACAAUCGUGUUUGAUGGUGUAUAGGCAUUUUAUUUUGGCUUCAACGUCUUCUGGCAGGCUAUUGUUCCAGCAUAAAUACAUCGAGUCCACUGAGUUCAACUGAACCAAAUAAAAAUAAGAAUAAUAAAGUAAUAUUAUCCGGUUGAGGACGCGUAAUAAGUAGGCAUAAUUAAUAGAAAGCAAAGAAUAAAUUGUACUCAAUACCCCUCCCCCCCCUCGCAAAUUAUACAUGCAACCCUGGAAAAAAUCUGUCGCACAUGCUUCACGAAUUCCACUUCCAUUUUAUGAUUUAAUUUCACCUCUUCUUUAGGGAAAGUUAAGGUGACUUUGACGGACGCUGAGAAGUCGGACAAAUCUAAAAAGGGCAAAUGUAUUGCACAUAAACGUCGAAUAAAACAACGUCGCAACGAUGGGACAGAAGAAGAUAUAGAUGCACACAGUCAAAUAUUUGUCAUAGGUUAUCGCUGAUGUUAAACUAUCAUACGCCUUUCUUAUAAUAUGUCAUGUCUGAUUUCUACACCAAAUUCCCAAUGAUUUUCAGUGUGUACGAUGCAUGUGGUUAAUAAAUAAAAAGUGCGUUCAACCUUUCAUUGAGUGUGCUAUUUCUUUUGC